UCGCCACUCCGCUGCGCGCUGCGCUGUGUCAGUAGGACUCGGGCCGCCCUCCUCGCCGCACCGCCGCCCCUCCGUUGCGUACCGCGCGGCCCGGAGCCGCGUGUGCCCAACACGUGUCGACGCCGCGAUACCAGGUCCCGCUCGCGCCGACGGGGACCCCACUCCUCGCGGCCGCCGCCAUGCCGGCUCGCCCCGCGCCCCGCGCCGCCCGCCGGUCAGUCGGCCCGCGUGUGACGACGGGGAGCUCGCCGCCGGGACAUGGCGCUGGCCGAAGGACGUCGAGGACGUCGUGAUCGAGCGCAUGGGCGACUACGGCGGCUGCUGCGCCUCCAGGAGCUUCACGGAGCACUGCGCGGUGCUCGGCGCGGGCCCUGGGCCGAGGCUACGGCAGGGUGUCUAGCCUCACAACCCUCAGGGCCUCGCGCGCCUCUCUCGCCCAUGGCGGGCACAGCCUCCUGAUAUGGUGCAGGCCCUGGGAGCGGGACCGGGGCAGCAGCAGCAGCAGCAGCAGCAGCAGCAGCAGCAGCAGCAGCAGCAGCAACAACAACAACAACAACAACAACAGCAACAGCAACAGCAACAACCACAGCAACAGCAGCAGAGUCCGGUGCCUGGCCAGAGGCCUGGCCGGGUGCAGUGCGUGCACGGUGGCGUGGGGCUGUGCCGAGCGCUGCGCAGGGAGGCCAACCUCAAGUGCCUCAUGCUGACCCUGCUCAUCCUGGGCUGCUGCGGCGCCGUCACGUGGUGCCGGCUCACCGAGGUCACCAGGGUGAUGCUGCCGAGACAGCGGAUGUCAUCGUCAGGCACGCCGUGCGAGGCGGGCUACCUCUACAUCCCCGUGUGCUUCCUCGCGCUGCUCUACCUCGUGUACCUCGCCGAGUGCUGGCACAGCCGGGCGCAGCUGUCGCUGCAGGGCCACUCGCAGACCCUGGCCGAGGUGCUGUGCUUCGUGCAGCAGAUGCGCACCGCCGAGCCCGUCGUCUGGUGGAAGGCGGUAUGCUACCACUACGUCCGGCGCAAGCGCCAGGUGACGCGCUAUCGCCACGGCGAGGGCUACACGGCCACGCAGGUCUACUACGAGCGCGUCAACUCGCACGCCGCCGCCUCCGAGUUCCAGGCGGCCGCCUGCGGCGUGAGGGACAUCUCCAAGGAGCUGGUGCUGGACCCGCCCGCGCCCGUCACCCGCAUCCGCUUCAGCAAAGGCUUUGCCUUCUCUAACGUGGAGGCGGCGGCGGACUUCGAGGAGCAGCGUGCACGCUUCUUCUCUGAGCACGAGCGCUUCGACGACUACAUGGAGAUGCGCGAGGGCCUGGACCUGGGCGGCGCCGGCGGCGUGCCCUUCUUCCGGGAGCUGGUCGUCGCGUACCGGGACCGCAAGCCGUGGUACUACCGGCCCGCCGUGUUCUGGUCCGCCAGCCUGCUCCUGCUGUCGUGGCCCGUGCGCCUGCUGCAGGAGUACAACACGGCGCACGUGCACUACCAGGUCACGAAGCUGUUCGGGGGUAACUACGAUGCUGUGACCGCGGGGCCACGGACUGACAGCGCCGACUGGCUGGGUGGCGGCCGUCUGUCGCACGGGUCGACGUUGGACUCGAUUGAGUGGGACUCGUGCAUCAGGGAGAACUGCGCGCUCAUCCCCAGCUACUCGGAGGCGCUGCUCAUGGACGAGGACGGGCCUGCAGACAGCGCCGUCGACGUGGACGUCGACGAGGCCGACGAACAUCGGUCGCUGGUGGAUGCGGGGGACGCGGGCCAGCGCGCUGACGGCCAUCCCGAGCCAGCCGGCGCGGGGACGGGGGCCGCGGGGACGCAGGUCAGCCGAGAUAAUCUGGGCCGGCACAAACGGCGCUCUUGGGGUUGCCUUCUCCGGUCCGUGGCCUCCAUGGGCUCCGUCGGCACUCUGGGGUCCGUGGGCUCGGUGAGCCUGGCCACCGUGGCAGUGGGGGCGACGGUGGGCUCGCCGUCGGGUGCGGAGCAGGAGCAGCAGCUGUACUACCCCAGCCCGCUGGCGGAGCGGAGCCCCGGCGAUCCGUUUCAGGGCCGCAGCACGGAGAUUCCGACCCGGGGGCCACCGCAGCCGCCGCCGCCCUACGAGGAGGCGCUGGAGACCACCGUGCGCCUGAUGUGCGCCCCCGCCGCCCCGGGCGCCGACGCACCGCUGCUCUCCAGGCUGCGCCGCUCCCUCACGGACCGCGGCGACGCGUUCCGGGCCGGGCGCGCCUCCUGGUCGGCGACGCCGUCGUGGAACGUCCUCGGCGACGUCCCCGAGACGCUGCCCAGGACGCCGCGGCGCUGCUCCGAGACUCCGCCGCCCCGGGCCGCACCGUGCAUCAACAUGGAGACUAGCUUGUAGAGAGCACGCCGGUGUGGUUGCGGACGUUUACCUGAAAUGUUCAUGCUGUGAUUUCCUUGAAGUAGGGCCGGAGACAGUUCGGACUGUAAUGCUUAUCUCUGAGCAAUUUGCGCUCACUGACGUGGCCCUUGUCAAACUAGAUUUAUAUUUUUAGACCUAAAUCGUCCCGAAAAGACUCGUUGACGAAUGUCACGAUCGCCGUCCUUACCUGAUGGGACCUUUAUCUAAAACCGCUCAAGUCGCACGUACUUUCGCUUGCGGAGGAAAACUGUUUCAUGGAAACAUUUUAGAGAAGCCGUCCAAGCUUUAAGAUGUAAAAUUCGUGUCAAUUCACAGGUACUGUGUGACUCAUCGUUGUUAUGAAGCAUAUUGCUUUGUUGUUAAGAUGCAGAAGUUUGUUCUUUUGCCCAUGUAAGGUUUAACUACCGUAACUUUUUCACGUUAUUGUACGUUAUGACUGCUUUGAUGCGGGCACCAUGCCAAAGUUUAAGCACAAAGUAUUUAAAUGUGUCCAUUUUAAAUUGUAAAUUAGUUAAUAUUCAACCAAAACAUAUCCUUGGUCUCGUGCUUCCUGCCGGCAAAGGGUGCCCUGUAGACUAAAAAGGAUUUGCGUGUUCCCUUCGAUGGAUUGAUAGCAUUGAUUAAAACUUGAUUCGUUUCAUAA